GAGACGAGCUUCCAUAUAGGAUAAACAUUUAAUUUGUACGUCUCGAGGAUCUGUUCAGUUAUACAAAAGGAAAAGGAAAAUUUCGCCGGUGUAAGAAAGUAAAUCUUCAAAAUAUGGAAAGCAUUUUCCUUGUUCUACUUUUUGUAGCUGCUGCUUCAUGUGUUCCUGUAUCAGAAUUAUUAGAAGAUCCCAAUUGGCAAGCAUGGAAGUCAUUCCAUGAUAAGCAUUAUGUAAAUAAAGAAGAAGAAAAACUAAGAAAUUUGAUCUGGAACAAUAACCUAAAGAAAAUUAAAGCUCAUAAUGAAGGAAAGCAUUCAUAUAAACUAGCUAUGAACCAUCUUGGUGACUUGACACCUGAAGAAGUCAAACAUUCCUUAAAUGGAUUUAAACAAACCUUUGGUUUACUAGAAGGAAGCCGCUCAAACAAAGGUGUACAAUUUCUCUCUCCAUUAAAUUUGAAAAAUGUCAGCUCCAUAGACUGGCGAGCUAAAGGUUAUGUUACUCCAGUAAAGAAUCAAAAACASUGCGGCUCUUGCUGGGCGUUCAGCACUACUGGGGCGUUAGAAGGGCAGCACUUCCGCAAGACUGGUAAACUUGUGUCCCUAAGUGAACAGAACCUUGUUGACUGUUCACAAAAGUUUGGCAACCAUGGGUGUGAGGGAGGUCUAAUGGAUAACGCCUUUAYGUACGUCAAGGCUAAUAAAGGCAUUGAUACUGAAGAAAGUUACCCAUACAAGGCAGUGGAUGGAAAGUGUCAUUUUAAUGCUUCAAAUGUUGGUGCAGAUGACAAUGGUUUUGUAGAUAUUCCCGAGGGAAGCGAACCUGCUCUCAAAGAUGCUGUAGCUUCAGUUGGACCUGUGUCUGUUGCAAUUGAUGCUAGYCUGACCACAUUUCACUUCUACAGUAAAGGAGUGUUCAGUGAUUCMAGCUGUAGCAGUGUAAGAUUAGAUCAUGGUGUGCUGGUUGUUGGAUUUGGUAAUGAAGGUGGACAAGACUAUUGGCUGAUUAAAAACAGUUGGGGCACAGUUUGGGGAGAAGAGGGUUACAUAAAGAUGGCAAGAAACAAAAACAAUAUGUGUGGCGUUGCCAGCAAGGCAAGCUAUCCUCUUGUAUGAAACCUCAUCAGCACRAUUAGAACUCUUUAUCCUUUCUUUUUCUUAUCUUCUUGUGUAAACACUCCAGAGAAAUUAUUGUACUAAACUAAAAAUAUUUAAAAGUAUUGAAAUAUUUACAAUGUCAAGCAUGUAUAUGCUGUUUUGGUAUUUAUGAGAUGAGCUGCAAAUAUGUUGCCAUAAAUGUUUCCUCACUAUUCAGACUACCUGGGAGCAAGUGUAAUUGUUUCACUUUGAAUUCACAGUUAAAUUCUUAGAAACAAAACCUUAUUUUCCCACAGGGUUUGAAUGACAGUGUAUAUUUAGCAGGCCUAUAGGAAGAAAAAUACUGUGUAAAAAUAAUCAAUAUAAGAUAUUAUGAUUUCUACUCACGUUUGCAAUAAAAACUGAAGAAGGAUGUGAA